UGAACCAUUAAUGAGUUUAGACCCAGGGAAAUGGGUGUUUCCGUUAUCAGGUUCACAGCGUCACGAUUUAGUUCAACAUGGUCCACAACAGAUGCUAGAUAUUUGCGAUGAAAAUUAUCUUUUAGACAGUAAUAAGAGACAUUUUUCUAACUUCCACUAUACAAGAAAAUUAAGUAAUGGCGAAAUUCAACAUCGCAGAUGGCUAGUUUAUUUUCAAUCUCAAGAUUAAAUAUAUUGAAAAAAAUGUUUAGGUAUGAACAGUGAACACACUGAUGAACCUAUAGAGAAUGGUGAAGAAAAGUUUAGAGUUGACUUUUUUAACAGCAUGAUUGAUGGAAUUCUACAUGACAUUAAAUGGAGAUUUAAAUCAUUGAAUGAAUACUUUGAAUAUUUUGGUUUUAUUUAUGAUAUGAAUAUUUUAAGAUCCAUUUCCAAAGAAGAUAUUUAUAAGCAUUGUUGUGAUUUAGGUACAGUUCUUCAAGAGGGUGAAAAGAGCGACAUUCAAUCAUUUGAAUUAUACGAAGAAUUACAACUCAUAAUUUCAAGUCUACCAGACUUUAUUGAGGAUGCAAAACAACUCAUCAAAUACAUAAUAGAAAAUAAUUUACAAGAAAUAUAUCCAAAUGUUUAUAUAACAGUCAGAAUUAUGCUUACUAUUCCUGUCAGUACAGCUUCAGCAGAGAGAAGUUUUUCGAAGCUUAAAAUAAUUAAAAAUUACCUACGAAAUACAAUGACACAGGAAAGACUCUCAGCAUUAGCAGUUUUGUCCAUUGAAACGAAAAUUGCAAAUAAUUUAAAUUACGAAGAUAUACUUAAAACAUUUAGUGAAGCAAAAAGCUGAA